ACAACAAAACCCCCACGAACUACUCGUCCCUCGACCACAAAACGUUCAAGUACCAUAUCUAACCCUACAACAACAGCUGGACCAAGCAUCACAUCUAAACCACCAAGCACAGCUGGACCAAUAACCACAUCUAAGCCACCAAGUACAGCUGGGCCAAGUAGCACAUCUAAACCACCAAGUACAGCUGGACCAUCAACGACAGCUGGACCAAGCACCACAUCCAACCCAUCAAGUACAGCUGGACCAAGCACCACAUCUAAGCCACCAAGCUCAGCUGGACCGAGCAUCACAUCUAAACCACCAAGCUCAGCUGGACCAAGCACCACAUCUAAGCCACCAAGUACAGCUGGGCCAAGUAGCACAUCUAAACCACCAAGUACAGCUGGGCCAAGCACAUCUAAACCACCAAGUACAGCUGGGCCAAGCACAUCUAAACCACCAAGCUCAGCUGGGCCAAGCACAUCUAAACCACCCAGUACAGCUGGACCAAGCACAUCUAAACCACCAAGUACAGCUGGGCCAAGCACAUCUAAACCACCAAGUACAGCUGGGCCAAGCACAUCUAAACCACCAAGUACAGCUGGACCAAGCACAUCUAAACCACCAAGUACAGCUGGGCCAAGCACAUCUAAACCACCAAGUACAGCUGGGCCAAGCACAUCUAAACCACCAAGUACAGCUGGGCCAAGCACAUCUAAACCACCAAGUACAGCUGGGCCAAGCACAUCUAAACCACCCAGUACAGCUGGGCCAAGCACAUCUAAACCACCAAGUACAGCUGGGCCAAGCACAUCUAAACCACCAAGUACAGCUGGGCCAAGCACAUCUAAACCACCAAGUACAGCUGGGCCAAGCACAUCUAAACCACCAAGCACAGCUGGGCCAAGCACAUCUAAACCACCAAGUACAGCUGGGCCAAGCACAUCUAAACCACCAAGUACAGCUGGGCCAAGCACAUCUAAACCACCAAGCUCAGCUGGACCAAGCACCACAUCUAAGCCACCAAGUACAGCUGGACCAAGCAGCACAUCUAAACCACCAAGCUCAGCUGGACCAUCAACGACAACCGGACCAAGCACCACAUCAAACCAAUCAACGACAUCAGAAUCAAGCACUACGGCGAGCCCUUUAACUACAGAUGGUCCAGAUAGUACCACCUCCUUCCCUUUAACCACGGCUGGACCAAGUUCAUCAAAACAAAGUUCGUCAUCUUCGCCUCCAACCUUGACGCCAAGUAAAUCAAUAUUUCUGUAAAUAAUGUGGCUUUAUGUUUUGCUUGAGUUUCAUUUUGAGAAGGGCGGUUUCUCUUGUAUUAUCCAGGAACAAAUUUUAUAAUUUUUUGAGUAUGGUUUUCACACCGGGAGUAAAAGUUUGAGAAGAAACUCAAUCAUUAUAAUAACUCGUUCAACGUACGUAAAUACAAAUGUUAGUGGUAGGAACUGUACAUCAGCAUUUACCAUCAGAACUUUUGGAUUAAAUUCCUUUCAAUCUAUGGGAACUUUCUUUUUCGGAUAGCAAACGUUAAAAUCGUCAGGGUUAUGGCAACUUCAACAACUGAAGUUACCUAGCGUCGAUUUGUUUUUCAUUUAAUCCUUAUCUGCCUCAUUUUUUGUAUAUCCAAUCAAAAGAGCGCUUGCCAAUGAAGUCAAUUUGUUUUUAAAGUUAAAAGACUACAAAAAGAGUUCUUUGAGAAUACAAAGGCUGAGCUGAAAGGACGUUCGGAGAGAUAUGUUGUAAUUAAUUGUAAAUUUUGUUUACUUUAGGCAAUGCCUGUUUGAAGGCACAUAAUGAUAGACGUGCUCUUCAUGGAGCUAGUCCACUGAUAUGGGAUAACACGCUUGUGCAGCAUGCUCAGGUUUGGGCAGAUAAUAUAGCUGCGACCGGAGUAGUUCAACAUGACCCUAAUCUUGGCCUAGAAGGAGAGAACAUAGCGGUGUUUCAGAGAAAUGAAGUUGCCGACUGUACACACGCUGUACAAGAAUGGUAUGCCUUAAUUACUCCACUCUUUCCUCGCUUUUUCUUAUUAAACGUGAGGGUACACUUUCUCAAACAAGUAAUAUCACGUAACUGGUUUACUAACACACAGUUAAUCCUGCUGUGUAGUAAGGGUAGCUUCCAGAAGUAACCAAGGACGUAAAGUACGCGAAGGAGUAUUAAUAUACUUCUCCUCCUUCGGUAAAUGGAACAAAUGCCUUUUUCAUUGGCCACGCGAGGAGUAUUUAUUUUGUCUAACUAGGCAACUUGACGAUAGUGACAAAACCACAAGCAUCCGAAAUACACAUGUACUCUAGAGGGGUGCGGGAGGUCAGUAGUGUUUCUAGCUUACGAACAAGCUCUCCUAUUUGGGCAAGCUAAGCGGGCCGCGAGGGGCAGAGGAAAGGAGAGCUCACAACGAUCUCAUAAAUUUUCAUUUGUACUUCGCCCAGACGAAGGGAAAUACUAUUGGCUGAAAAAUGACGUUCCGGCAAUCAAAGUUGAUUGACAACAGGCAUAGCUGGCCUGCCCUAAAUUUUUGGCGGCAAAUGUAGAAACACGAUGCUCUUAUCGCCAAAACCCUCACUGCUAAAAAGGAGACCGGCAGAGGAAGAAAAUCGUUGUCGUCUGUGUGUCAAAUUUGGUUCUCAGGGGGGAUCAUACUGGAACCGAGAACUUGUUUCAGCUCUCAAAGCGGACGGGCUCGUUUGAUGUAUAUGAGUGAUCGUUUCAAGCCUUCCUUUCUCUCCCCCGCCCCCCGCUUUCGCGUCUCCUCUCGCGCGUCUACGUUUUAAGAUAUCAAAUGGAGAGCUUGCUCGCAGGCUAUGGUGUUUCAAGAUAAAAUAACUCUAUUUUCGUACUCGGUGUAAGGUACAACGAGGAGCGAUUGUACGACUAUGACAACCCAGGAUUUCAUCCAGACGUAGGCCACUUUACGCAGGUAAGGCUAAUCGAAUCAGUAUAUUUAGCAGAUUAUUACUUAUAUAUCAAGAAACAAAUUUUCUUUUUUAACUUUUUAACAUUAGCGAAUUCUUUAACUAUGCAACCCGUCUACACGGAACAGCGGAAAUUCUGUUACAGAUUGCAGUACUGUCUGCAGUUCAAAAACUUGCACGGUUCCUCGGGUCCCGAGUAAACGAUAGGCGGAUCUGCGCAAGUUUUCGUGCGUUCAAAGAUUUGUCCUGACCUUUGAAAAAGGGGGUCAAAGAGUUUGUUGCAUCCUAUUCAAAUAAAGACGGAUAAGUAGGCUUCUUUACGUUCUAUUGACAUCAGGUGAUAUUAUUCUGAAGCUGUCCUUCCUUAAAUAAGGGUGGCUUUGUUUGUAGCAUACGCAUAUACCUGUCUCACACUAGCCUGCGUGGCCGGCGUUGAAAGGGGAAGGGGGAAGGAGAAUUUGGGCACGCGCGAGAGCGCGCCCCACACGCUCUCGCGCGCGCCCAAAUUCCCCCUUCCCAUUCCUCUUUCAACGCCGGCCACGCAGGCUAGUUGCAUACCGACCCUAAAAGCCUUCUUUUGGCUGUACGUUUACAGAAUUAACAAUGUCGUUGAAGCAAUUUUAUUAACAUAUAAUUAGAUCGUUUGGAAAGCAACCACGUCAGUUGGAGUCGCUCAAAGGUCAACAGGUUCAGGCCCUUCAAAAGUCACCUACAUUGUGGCUCGUUAUCUUCCUGCUGGAAAUGUCAGAGGACAGUUUCAACAGAACGUUGGGAGGAAAACAGUCCAAUGAUGGUAAUACGUGGUGUUAAUUCAUUUUUAUUUUCAUUUCUUUACUUUUCUGCGUUAGCCGCACGCAAGCAGGCAAGACAGAAAAACGUGAUCUCAGUGAGAUUGAUUUGGAGAAAAACUGCCCACCUAUCCCUCCCCUAAGCCAACAUAUUUCCCUAAUUGAGAUGUAAGUGUUAAUGUUGGCUUAGGGGAGGGGUUUUUCAUUUUUUGGUUUUUUUCUUUUUUAUCGUAGAUCUUACUAUAGUAAUGAACAAUACAAUUGUCUAUGAAAUCAUUGUCAUUCCUCCUGGCAGGUUCCAAGCUCAUAAACCUCCCGCGACUUUCUGUCUUAAAGGAUGAUGGAUAUAAUUAUCUAGGAGUAUUUCUCGAGGGACAUCAGCCUUGGUACAUAUUACUUUCCCUUAGUUUUGCAUGUAAUUGUAGUUCGUGCAUGUGGACAAAUAAAGGCAAGAGAC